AAAUCUAUAACGCGCUAUAAUCCAUAUCAGACGCGCCAGAACAUAGUUCAGCAAUUUAGAGUUUUCUCCACACCUUCUGAAAGUCUCAAACUGUAUAUGAUUUGCAUACGAUUGGUCUACACUAUUUUCUAAAAUAAAGAAAUGGUUACAUGGUGGCGUGGAGUCGGAGGUCAACUGCUAAAUUCUGUAUACGUCUCUCGCACACUGAUUCAAGGACGAGGAAACGCUUGGCGGGCAUGCCUUGGAAAGAUAUGUCGGCAGCAAUAUCUUCGUCAUUAUCCUGUUAAACUGAUCAGACCAGAUGGAUCGAGUAUAGAAAUCCGAUAUCUGGAACCUAGAUCAGUUGUGCAAUUACCAGUCGAUGUCAAUGCAUUAAGUGAAGAUGAGAAACGACAACGCUUGGCUGCCAGAAAGCCGAAAGCAAAGAAAAUAGUACAGGAGAAAAUUGAUGACAAUUUCGACCCUUCUGAGUACAUGAAGUUCUGGAAUCCUAAUGUACAGGAGAGUCGAGAGCCUACUCGAGAAGAACCAAAAGAAAGCAAACCGAAAAAAGUCCGAAAAGCGAAAUAG